GAAGAUGAGUUCUGUUGAGAAACUGAGUGGAAGAGAGUUUUCAAACCCUAUGAGUUUUGCAGGAAACCCUCCUCUUUUGAAAAUCACAAUCUUGGUGGUUGAUGAUGAUUCCACUUGUCUGGCAAUCGUCUCCGCCAUGUUGAGAGGUUUUCGUUAUGAAGUUACAAGUGUUAAGAACCCCAUGGCUGCAUUGUCUGUUCUUCGUGCAAAUCCAAGCAAUUUCGACCUAGUGGUCACUGACCUCCAUAUGCCCGGAAUGAAUGGGAUCGAACUCCAAAGAAUAAUAAAGCGAGAAUUCAAACUCCCCGUCAUCAUAAUGUCCUCGGAUGACAGUGAAAGAGUGAUGUUGGAAAGCUUAGCGGAAGGAGCUGUGUUUUUCAUAGUGAAACCUGUGCACCCUGAUGGCCUCAAGAAUGUAUGGCAAUAUGCCGUUGCUGCCAAGAAAGGUAAAUCAGUGGAUGUGGAGGAAACCGAUGGAGACUCCUCAUCGUUGUCGGCCGGAAAACUAUCCCUAAUCAACAUGAGACGAUUGCCAUCUCCCUCGAACGAUGAAAGGGAUGAUGAUGGUAAAAGAUGUUCCAAAAGAAAGGAACCGGGAAAGGACAAGGAUGGAAAAGACGAUGACAGUAACCCUAAACCCAAAAAGCCUAGAAAGGCCAAGGUGGUCUGGACAAAUACACUCCACAACCAGUUCUUAGAUGCCUUGCGAGAUAUUGGCCUUGAAAAAGCUGUCCCAAAGAAGAUUCUCGAGCAUAUGAACGUCCAGGGCUUAACCCGAGAAAAUGUGGCCAGUCAUUUACAGAAGUAUCGGAUUUUCUUAAAGCGAGUUGCAGAGAGGGCUUGUUUUUCAUCGAAGGCCUUGUUCGACAGGUUCCUCAAGUCCACUUUUGCAACUGGCCAUCCAUUGCUGAUGGAAACUGCUCAAGAAUACGUGCGAAUGCAAGAACUUCAACGAUUGAGGAGCUCCGCCCACUAUCCUGGUUAUGGGAGGAGCUAUUCGCCUCAUAAUGCUACUAGGUAUGGAAAUGGAACCUUGGGCUAUGGUAAUCAUGGUGCUUCAAGCAGCAACUCGGCACUUCAUCCAUAUGGCUAUGGACAAUCCCGUUUGUUGGCUCAUCAAGCUAACAGGCCACUGCUCUCCAGGAACCUGAUGAAUCCACCCUACCUGGGAAAUCAACUGGGAUAUGGGAAUGGAUCGAAUUUGUCACUCGACGGUAGGUACUCUAGUGGCCUGAUGAAUGGUGCAAACUCGGUGCAAUCUUACCCGCAGCAGAUUCAAGCAAGGCCUGGUUUUUACGAUCCUGGUUCCUCAUCACAGUUUAGGUUUGGCUCACCUGGUCUUCACUCUUCGAGUUCGACACUUGGCAACGGGAUCUUCGGAAGCAUGAAUGGUUCCCACCGCACUAACCUGAAUCCCGGUUACGCCGGUAAUAAUAAUAGCUACGCUGGGAUUGGCUUGAAUACUGAUGGACUUAGCGGUGGCUAUGGUUCAAUGAAUGGUGUUUUCAAUGAGAAUAUGAAUGUUGCACCCAUGGAGAAUCAAUCUUUUGAUUAUCUGGUUCGAGGAGAGAUCCCUUCCUCGGGAUUACAUGGAACAAACCAAGUUCCACCAGCCUUUACUGCAUCGAACCAACAAGCAAACACCUCGAUGCUAUCAGCUCUCGACUAUCAAGGAGUGAGUGAUUAUAAUCCUGGCCAGCCGCUGAAUAAUGGUUUUGAUCUACAACUUGGCGAUGACGAUUACCUUAACGAACUCAGCGACCUAAUUCUAGGGUCGAACAAGUAUCAAUUCUCUAACCAGCAACAAGCCGAUAAUGGCGGCGCCGAUGAUCCUAAAUUUUCUUUCGGCUCGUUGUUCCCGGGAAUCUACCCAUCGCUGGAUGAACUUCUGAACUCCGACUUCGACGAGUUCCAGGAAGAUAACGCUGCCUGGAACGAACAAGACCUUGACCAGGUUCAAAGUGCUUUUGAAGAGCUGAUCAACCCCAACACUGCUUCUUCCGGCAGCGAUGCAAACCCUUCCGACGAAUCCGAUCCAACCAAUCUCACCGGAAACACUAAUCAGCAGCAGCUAAGCGAGGGAGAUGAACAAGCGAUUGACCCUGACCUACUCAUCGGCUUAUUCCAAGUGAACGAUGAUGCCCCACCUGCUGCUGAAGAUGCUUCAUCAAACCAUCAGGAUUCCGAAGAAGAAGCUUUCGUGGCUUCCUUGUUGAAUUUCGACGGUCAGUUCGAGUGA